AUGAGCGGCUAUGAAUUGAACGACGCCGAAAAAGCGCUUGAGUCUGCGGUGCGCGAGGCGCUCAUGGACACGGUGCACCCCAAAGGAGUCGCCAUGAAUCGAGCGCUAGUGACUCUGACGGUGUUCAAGUUUGUGCCGCACCCGCGCGUCGGGCGUUCGUUCAAGGUCGACUGCACACUAGACGCUACCACCGGAGCGCUGGUCAUCCAAAACUUUACGAGACGGAAUUUCCUGAAGCUCGCGAGCGAUUACGGGAGAUUAGAUUUUGGACAGACGGCGGUGAUCAUACGCACAUUUUACGCGACGAAAAAGGGCGAUCGAGGAAUGCCGUACAAGCGCGUGCGCGGCUUCGUCAUGUGGUCGAAAGGGCGGAGGCGGCCGGACGGUUCGCGAGACGUAGCUUUCGGACGAGCGUCCAAGGCGGAGUUAAUCGCGUCGUACGCCAUGGACCCUCCACCCCCAGCCGAGCGCGUCGAGUUCAUCGGCUGA